AUGGGGCCCGCACGGGAGUUUGAAGAUCCGGUGCCGCCUCCGCUGCCGGUGAAUUCGGGGACGGGCGUCGGUGAGGGCGGCGGCGGCGGAGGGAUCGCCGCCGCCGCCGCGUCCAUCGCCUGCACACGGUCCCAGCUGUGGGCCUCCACGGAGUGUGGGGUCCGGUUCUGGGAGUUCUCUCAGGUUUUCGGGGGCCACAAGGGGCGGAAGGGCGGGGACGAGGAGAGCGCGCCGUUUAGGGAGUCGGGCCGGACUUCGCCUACUAUGUCUUUGGUUCUGGACGAGCGGAGGGGGUUAGUUUGGACCGGGCACAAGGACGGGAAGAUUCGGUCGUGGAAGAUGAAUCAGGAUGGAGGCGUAGGUGCUGAGGAGGAGGAAGGGGGGUCGAGCUUUAGGGAGGGCUUGUCUUGGCAUGCACACCGGAGCGCGGUCCUAUCAUUGAUUCUCACUUCAAAUGGUGAAUUGUGGUCAGGACAUGAAAGUGGAGUUAUUAAGGCAUGGUCAUGGGAAAAUAUUGAAAAAUCACUUUCUCUUACAAUAGAAGAAAGACACAUGGCUGCAUUGUUAAUUGAGAGGUCAUUCAUUGAUCUUAGGAACCUGGUCACUGUUGAAGGGGUGUGUCCCUUGCCUAGUGUAAAUGUAAAAUACAUGUUGUCUGACAAUUCUAAAUCAAAAGUGUGGAGUGGAGGUUCCCAGUCGUUCGCGCUGUGGGAUUCUCAGAAAAAGGAACUUCUGAAAGUGUUUGGCAUAAAUGGUCAAGUUGAGACUCAAGUUGAUCCAUCAUCUAUCCAUGAUUCAUAUAAUGAUGAUGAUAUGAAGGUAAAACUUAUUCCCAGUUCAAAAAAGGAAAAGUCCCAAGGUUCUGGUGGCUUUCUCCAGCGUUCGCGUAAUGCAUUGCUGGGGGCAGCUGAUGCUGUCCGGAGAGUUGCAGCAAAAGGAGCAUUUUUAGAGGAUAAUAGAAAAAUAACAGCAUUGACAAUGUCAGUAGAUGGAAUAAUUUGGAUUGGCUGCACAAAUGGUUCACUUAUUCAGUGGGAUGGGAAUGGUAAUAGACUACAAGAGUUUCAGCAUCGCUCUGCUUCUGUUCUGUGCAUUUGUACCUAUGGAGCACGCAUAUGGGUAGGCUAUGCUAAUGGAAAUGUUCAAGUUAUGGAUCUUGAAGCAAACUUGAUUGGAGGAUGGGUUGCUCAUAGCAACCCGGUUGUAAGAAUGGCUGUUGGGGGCUCUUACAUCUUCACAUUGGCCAAUCAUGGUGGCAUUCGUGGUUGGUACCUGGCUUCUCCAGGUCCUAUUGACAAUAUCUUGCGUUCAGAGUUGACCAAUAAAGAGCAAUUAUAUUCUAAGCAAGAGAAUUUUAAAGUUUUAGCUGGUACCUGGAAUGUUGGCCAAGAGAGAGCCUCUCGUGAUUCACUUGUAACCUGGUUGGCUCCUGCAGCAUCAGAUGUAGGUCUAGUUGUGGUUGGGUUGCAAGAAAUAGAAAUGGGUGCUGGUUUUCUUGCAAUGGCUGCCGCAAAAGAAAGUGUAGGACUCGAGGGCAGUGUUAAUGGAAUAUGGUGGCUGGAUAGUAUAGGAAAGGCCUUAGAUGAAGGAUUCGAGCGCAUUGGCUCCAGACAAUUAGCAGGAUUGCUUAUUGGUGUAUGGGCUAGAAAAAAUCUCAGGCCACAUAUUGGUGAUGUUGAUGCUGCUGCCGUACCAUGUGGACUGGGACGUGCUAUUGGUAACAAGGGAGGUGUAGGUGUACGGAUAAGAGUCUUUGAUCGAACAAUAUGCUUUGUGAACUGUCAUCUUGCUGCGCAUUUGGAAGCAGUUAAUAAGCGUAACGCUGAUUUCGAUCAUAUUUACCGGUUAAUGAACUUUGGCCGUUAUUAUGCUCCCGGAGAUGCUCAUGGUUCAGGAGGUGCUUCAUCUAUUCAGUGUCAUCGUAGUUCAAAUGCAACUGAUUCUGGAAAACCUGAGUUAUCAGAAGCUGAUAUGAUUGUCUUUCUUGGGGACUUCAAUUAUCGUCUCCGUGGAAUCACUUACGAUGAAGCAAGGGACCUAGUUUCCCAAAGAUGUUUUGAUUGGCUCAGAGAGAAGGACCAGCUUCGUGCUGAAAUGAAAGCAGGAAAAGUAUUUCAAGGACUACGCGAAGCACAUAUCAAAUUUCCUCCCACAUACAAGUUUGACAGAUAUCAAGCAGGUCUAUCAGGGUAUGAUUCUGGUGAGAAGAAGCGAAUUCCUGCUUGGUGUGACAGAGUAUUGUAUCGUGACAACCGUUCUGUUCCCGUGGCUAAAUGCUCACUAGAGUGCCCUAUAAUUUCGUGUAUCACCCACUAUGAUGCUUGCCUGGAGGUGAUGGGAAGUGAUCACAAACCUGUCAGGUGCAUCUUUACUGUUGAUGUUGCACGUGUAGAUGAGUUGAUAAGGAGGCAACAAUUCGGAGAAAUAGUUUCUUCAAAUGAAAAGGCCAGAGUAUUACUUGAGGAAUUUCUCAAUGUCCCAGAGACUAUAGUUAGCACUAAUGAGAUUCUCUUGACAAUGCUGGAAACCUUCAGCCUCAAGAUAACUAAUAAAUGCAGUAAAGAUGCAGCUUCAUUUGAAAUCACAUGUGAAGUUAAAUCUUCUUUCAAGGAUAAGAAUAACUCAGCUGAGGUUCCUUCAAAAAGUCCCUUUGGCUUUCCCAUCUGGCUAAAGGUUCUUCCAGCGUCUGGUAUAAUCAAGCCUGGCCAAAGUGUAGAUGUGGCUUUGAAUCUCGAAGAUUUCAAUGCACUAGGAGAAUUUAUUGAUGGAGCCUCACCGAAUUGUUGGGCUGAAGAUACAAGGGACCAGGAAGCAAUCCUUACAGUAAAUAUUACAGGUAGUUGGUGUACUGGGAAAAAAUGCCAUCAAAUCCGUGUACUUCAGUCUUCAACAUCCAAGAAUCCAUGCACAGAAUCCAACAGGACACUAACAAGGAAUCAAUCAAAAUGCCGUUGAAUGGUCGAUAUUUCUCGGAUUGCAAAUUUGUCUUGGGGCCUGCUUGCUUGCUUAGGGUGGAAAGAUUCGAAAGGUGAAACCAGAAAUUAUAUACUCAUUCGACGGGAUUAGACUGGCAAAGGAAAGGCUAAGAUUACACUGGUAUUUUCUUCAGGUUCUUGUCACAGGAAAAUUGUAAAUAGUAAGAGAGGUGAUCAAUUUUGUCUUGAUAUAGGUCGCUUCUUUUUUGUUAUUUAACACGCUGGCAGGUGUUGCUAGCAACUUUAUCCUUGCAGUCUCCUCUUACUGAUCUCUCUAUAACUCAAUUAACUGCAAAUAUUUGUACAGAAAUUGAACAGUUUCCUGACACAGCAAACAGAGGGUUUUCUUUUACCCCGUGUGUAUUGAUCACUUGUGAGUGAAGUUGACUUUUCCUUCUAUGGUUUC